AUGAAGCCUCCAUCAGGUGGAGAGACAGACAUCGUCUCCCCAGUCGUAUUCAGUCCGGCAGGUCCGUCUUUCAGCCACGAUAUCCGUCUCUACUCUCUGCGUGCUAAGGCAGCUAUGGCAGCUAUGGCCUUGCACAGAGAGACCGAGAGGCAAACGGACAGACAGACAGACAAAAAGAAAGAAAGAGAGAGAGAGCAGUACACAACUGGCAAGCGCACUUGGCCAGAGGGAUGUGCCUUGAGCAAAUGGGCAGAAAGUGGAAAUAGUUGCGGAUAUGAUUGA